AUGAGGUCAAACAGAAGGAAAGAUUACACUAGGGCGUUCCCCAUAAGCGACGAACCAAGAAAAGUAAACAAUCCAAGCAUUAAGAAAGUAAAAGCAAAAAUCAAAAUCAGAAUCAGAAUAUGGAACAUUGGCAGUCUUACAGGACGAAGCAAGGAACUUGCUGAGAUACUAAAAAGAAGAAAUAUAGAUAUAUGCUGUAUUCAGGAGUUGAAAUGGAAAGGUGCAAAAGCACGAAAAAUUGGUGAAGGUUAUACAGUAUUGUACAACGGUUUCAACGCAAAAAAUGGUAUUGGAAUAGUACUCAACGAAAACAUGUGUGAUAAGAUUAUUGAUCAUGUACGUCAAAAUGGUCAUAGAAAAUAA